CCCCACCCAGGUCCCACCAUGGCCUCUGACUAUGAGGCGGGUCAUAUCCGAAAGCUGCAGACUCGACACGCACUCGUGCAAGAGAAGACAUUCACCAAGUGGGUCAAUAACAUCUUCCGGCUGAGCCAGGUGGGCAUCAGGAUCCAGAACCUGUACACGGAGCUGGCCGAUGGCACCCGCCUGCUGCGGCUGCUGGAGCUCAUCUCGGGAGAGGCCCUGCCGCCGCCCAGCCACGGCCGCCUGCGCGUGCACUUCCUGGAAAACAACAGCCGGGCACUGGCCUUCCUCAGGGCCAAGGUGCCGAUUCCUCUCAUCGGACCAGAGAACAUCGUGGAUGGAGACCAGUCGCUCAUCCUGGGGCUCCUGUGGAUCAUCAUUCUGCGGUUCCAGAUUUCCCACAUCUCCCUGGACAGGGAGGAGUUUGGAGCCAGCGCAGCCCAGCUGUCCGCCAAGGAAGCUCUGCUUAUUUGGUGUCAGCGGAAGACGGCCAGCUACGCCAACGUGGACAUCACCGACUUCUCGCACAGCUGGAGUGACGGGCUGGGUUUUAACGCUCUCCUCCACGCGCACAGGCCAGACUUGGUAGAUUAUAGCUCCCUGCGUCCCGAGCGCGCGCUGCACAACCUGGCGUCGGCCUUCCACGUGGCUGAGCGGGAGCUCGGCAUCGCCCAGCUGCUGGACCCCGAGGACGUGGCCGCUCCACAGCCAGACGAGCACUCCAUCAUGACCUACGUCUCCCUCUACUACCACUGCCUCUCCCGCCUGCACCACGGGCAGACGGUGCAGAAGAGACUCGCCAAGAUCUUACUUCAGCUCCAGGAGACCGAGGCACUGCAGACUCAGUACGAGCAGCUGGUGGCCGACCUGCUCCGCUGGAUCACAGAGAAGCAGAUGCAGCUGGACGCCAGGGAUUUCCCGGACUCCCUGCCUGCCGUGCGCCAGCUGCUAGCGGCCUUUGCCUGCUUCCGCACCCAGGAAAAGCCGCCCAGACUGCAGCAGCGGGGAGCCGCGGAGGCCCUGCUCUUCCGGCUGCAGACUGCUCUCCGGGCCCAGAACCGUAGGCCCUUCCUGCCUCCAGAGGGCCUGAGCCUGGCAGAGCUCUCCCAGCGCUGGUCAGGGCUGGAGCGGGCAGAGGCGGCCCAGAGCCAGGCCCUGCAGCAGAGGCUACUAAAGCUAGAGCGACUGGAAACUCUGGCUGGGCGCUUCCAGCGUAAAGCAACCCUCCGGGAGAGCUUCCUAAAGGAUUCAGAGCAGGCUCUGGACCAGACCAGGGCCCCCCCAGCCAGCUCAGUCACCAUGGAGGCAGCCUCCCAGAGGCUGGGCAUACUGGAGGCCAGCAUCCUGCCCCAGGAAGGACGUUUCCAGGCCCUGGCUGAGAUUGCAGACAUCCUCCGGCAGGAGCAGUAUCACAGCUGGGCAGAUGUGGUCUACAGGCAGAAGGAGAUCAACCAGCGCUGGCACACCCUCCUUCAGAGUCUCCAGAAGCAAAGGAAGCAGAUGGCAGGCACGCAGGCUGUUCUGAGCCUGCUUCAGGAGGUGGAGGCCGCCUCUGACCAGCUUGAGGAGCUGCAGGUGGCAGCCAGCUCCACAGCCUGUGGGCAGCAGCUGGCAGAAGUAAUGGAGCUGCUGCAGAGACAUGACCUGUUAGAGGCACAGGUCUUGGCCUAUGGGGCACAUGUGAGCCAUCUUGCCCAUCAGAUUUCAAAGCUGGACUCCUCCCUGGGUACCGGUGUGGAGAUGCUUCAGGCUAAGGCCCAGGCACUUGACCACAUCUAUCAGAGCCUGGUGUCUCUUGUCAAGGCCCGGCGUAUGCUGCUGGAGCAGAACCUGCAGCAGACAGAGUUCCUGCACCGCUGUGAGGAGGAGGAGGUCUGGUUGCACAACUGCAGUAGACAAUUGGUGGAGAAAGCAAGCUUGGGCCGGGACCUCAGCCGGAUCGCAGUGGCCCUGCAGAAACACAAGGUCCUGGAAGCCGGGCUGCACCACCACCAGGCCGUGUGCGCGGACCUCACGCAAAGGGGUCGCCACCUGAGCACCCACGGGCCCACGAGGAAUCCCGAUCCCCGGGAGAGGGCGGAGGCCGUGCGGCGAGCUUGGGAGCAGCUGUGGACGCGGGCGGCGGGGCGGGGCGCCUGGCUGCAAACAGCCCUGCAGGUGGCGCAGUACCUGGCGGAAGCCGCCGAGGCCGCUUCGUGGCUGCUCCAGCAGCAGCGGGCCAUGCUGGGGGAGGCAGAGGCCGCGCACGGCCAAGCGCAGGCCCCGCACGGCCAGGCAGAAGCUGAGGACCUGUUGCUGCGCCACCUGCGGCUGGAGCGCGGAGUGCGCGCCUUCACGGCGGAGCUGCAGCGGCUGGAUGAGCUGGCGCGGGCGGCCGCAGCCCGGGCAUCGCUCACGGAAGAUCCCUCAGAAGGCUGGGGCAAGAUGAAUGGAGAUACAACUAGGAGACCCCUGCAGGAGACCCACACGCCAGCAGCACCAGACAGCCAGCGCUUGAGCGCCCAGGCCUCCAGAGCGAGCCUCACCUGGCUCCCAGAGACCGCCCUGGACACCUGGAAGCUGGCGGAAUGGGUGGACUGUCAGGAAAAGAUGCCCAUCAGCCACAGCGGGGAGCAGAAGCCUCAGGAGGUGGCUGCGCUGAGCCUUCCAGGGGGAGGACCUAGGAUGGCUCCUCCGGCGGAGUCUGACCUUGACUUUGACCCUAACACCAUACUCCAGACACAGGAUCGCUUGAGACAGGACUAUGAGGGCCUGUGCUCCCUGGCAGAGCUCCGCAGGACCCAGCUGGAGGAGGCAGUGGCCAUGUUCGGCUUCUGCAGCUCCUAUGGGGAGCUCCGGUCUUGGGUAGAGAAGCAGGCGGCCCUGCUGGGAACACUGCACCCCCGGGGCGACAACUUGGAAGUCAUGCAAUGCAAGUAUGAGAACUUCCUCGCUGCCCUUGCCAUGGGCCAGGGCCGCCGGGCUGAGGUCAGCGGCUGUGCUGAGCAGCUGAAGCAGAGGUGUCCUGCAGCUGCCGCCAAAAUCCAGCAGAUGCAGGAGGACCUGAGCCAGAGGUGGGGGCAGCUGGAGGCCCUGAAGGAGGAGAAGCGUGUGCAGCUGGCACACUGCGCAGAGGCGUGCGGCUUUCUGCAGGAGUGUGGCCCCCCGCGUGCCCAGCUGCAAGACGUGAUGCUGUGGCUGGAGACGCUGGAGCCAGGGCGCACAGAGGACAGCCACGGCGCCCUACACCUGACCCAGCAGAAGAUUCUGGUACUGGAGAGGAGGAUCCAGAGCCUCCAAAGGGUGGUGGAGUCGGGCCCUGCCUAGUGCCAGCCGCUGCGGGAGCACGUGGAGGCGGUGCAGGCGCGAAUGGCCCGGCGGGUCCAGGCCCAGGCAGAGGCUCGGGCGCAGCAGAGCUUCCUGCAGGACAGCCAGCAGCUUCUGCUGUGGACGCAGGGCCUCCAGGCCCGGCUGGGCAGCGAGGAGGAGCCAGGGGACCCGGGCUCGGCCCAGCGAGAGGAGAUGUGCCUGUGGCAGGAGAGGCUGCAGCGGCUGGAAGCUCAGAGUCCCUCCAUGGUAGCCAUCGACUCCCCCUACUCCCAAGAAGUGGCCAGUGCAGUGAGGCUCCUGGGCCAGCACAGCCGGGAGCUGAAGGCCGUGUGGGAGCAGAGCCAGCAGCGGCUGCAGGAGGGACUGGAGCUGCAGAGGUUUGGCAAAGAAGUGGAUCGUUUCACCGCCACCUGUGCCAGCCUGGAUGCCUUCCUGUGCCUGGACAGCCUGGGGGAGGAUGUGAGGGAGGCCCAGCGCCUGCUGCAGCAGCACCGGAGGCUCGAGUGGUCCCUGAGCGCCCUGGGACCUCGGGCGGAGGCCCUGCGGACGUACGGCGAGAAGCUGGUUCAAAGCCCACACUCUGCUGGGUACAAGGUCACAGAACAGCUGCAGAGUGCACAGGCGCAGUGGAGCCGACUUCAGGAGAGGAGUGAGCAGAGGAGGGAGCGGUUGCUGGCUUCGGUGCAGCUACAGGGAUGGAAGCAGGAUAUUGCCGAGCUGGUGCUGUGGCUGGAGGACAAGGGGCCGGCGACGGCGGAUGGGCAGCCCCAAAGGCCGAAUGACGUUCUCCGAAAACUCAGAUGGCAUGAAGCGGCUGUGAGCGAGCUGCUGGCCGCGCGCCAGCACGUGGAGCGCCUGCAGCAGACUGGGAGAGAGCUGUCAUGCAGUAUGCCGUAUGCCAGGGAGGACAUACAGACUCGGCUUGAGGGCUUGAGUCACCACUGGGAAGACUUGAACCACAAGAUGGCUGUGCGUGGGGAUGCGCUGCUGUGGGCCCGGCAGCAGGGACAGCUCCUGGGGCUCCUGCAGGAUGUCACAGAGAAGAUGGAGCAGCUGGAGGGGGCCCUGCAGAGUGCAGAGACCGGGCAGGACCUGUGUGCCAGCCGGAGUCUGCAGAAACGGCACCAGCAACUAGACAACAAGAACCAAGUGCUGGCCGGCAAGAUGGAUGCCCUCAUGUCCCAGGCCCGUGCUGAGGUCAGCUCACAGUCCAUCCUGGAAGAGACCCAGAAGUGCCACGAGAGGUUCCAGUCCCUGCAGGGCCGUUUGGCCGCCCGGCGCCUGCGGCUGCAGGCCGCGGUGCAGCUGCACCACUUCCACCAGCUGAGCCGCCUGGAGCUCACCUGGGUGGCCGAGCACCUGGCCAGCGCCAGCCCCGCCAGCUGCAGCCAGGGCUGGGAAGGUGCCCACAGCCUUCAACGUAAACACGAGGUGCUGCGGGCCGAGGUGAGAGCGCACCAGGGGCAGGUGCACCGGGUUCUGGGCUUCGGCCGGAGCCUCGGAGCCCCCGGAUAUCCCCACGCCCAGCAUGUCACGGAGCAGUGCCUGAAGCUGGAAGGCCGCUGGAGAGAGCUGGAACAGGCAUGUGAGGCUCGAGCCCACUGCCUGCAGCGGGCCGCCGCCUGCCAGCAGUGCUUCCUGUGCAUGUCAGAGCUGGAGGGCUGGGUGGAGGAGGCGCGGCCGGUGCUGAGCAGUCAGGACUACGGCACAGAUGCCAGCGCCACCUGCAGGCUUAUUUGGAAACACCAGGUGUUACAGGAGGAGCUGGCUCUGCGCUGGAGUUCCAUGCUGGAGCUGGAGCAGAGUGCCCAGGGCCUGGCUGGCCCUGAGGCCCCUGAACAGUUGGGCACCGUGCAGAAGAGGCUCUGGGAGCAGCUACGGGCUCUCCAGGAGUUGGCUGCCACCCGGGGCCUGGAGCUUGAGGGGACCCUGAGAUUCCACGAGUUCAUGAGCGAAGCGGCGGAUCUGCAGGGCUGGCUGGACAGUCAGAAGCAGGUGGUCAGGGCAGGGGAGAGCCUGGCAGAGGACCCGGAGCGGGUGCAGCACCUCUGCACCGAGUUUGCCAAGUUUCAGUGCCAGGUGGAGGCGGGCGGCCGGCGCGUGGCCUCCUGCCGGCAGCUGGCGGAGGCUCUGCCCGAGCCCCGCGCCCGCCAGACGCAGCGGGAGCUGCAGGCCUCGUGGUCGGAGCUGUGGGAGCUGACCCAGGCCCACGGCCGCCUGCUCCGAGAGGCCCAGACCACGCUCGGCCUUCACAGGGAUCUUCAGGAAGCCCUCACCCAGAUCCAGGACGCCGCCUCCAGCCUGCCCUGCGAUGACGAUGUGGCCCAGGACCUGCGGGGGCUGGAGGCCCAGCUGCGGUGGCUCGAGGGGCUGGAGCAGGAGCUCGGGGAAUGGGAACAGCGGCUGCAGGCUCUGCUGGAGGCUGGAGGCAGGGUGCAGAAGCGGAGUCCGGGGCCCGGGGCCUGUGCUGUGCAGCAGGGGCGGCAGGCGGUGAUGCAGGCUUGGGACACCUUACGGCAGCGCGUGCAGGCGCGCCGGGCCCAGCUGGAGCGCGCGCGCCUCCUGCUCCAUUUCCACACGGCGGUGCAGGACUACAUCUCCUGGGCGGCCAGCCUGCGCCCAGAGCUGCAGAUGGAGGAUGACUCCCCAGAGUCCCGCCCUGCCCCACCCAGCCUCAGCGCCCUCCAGUGGCUUCAGGCGGAACUGCAGGCCCGGGAGGCCCUUCGGCAGCAGGCCACCCAGCUGGGCCAGCAGGCGCUGCUAGCUGCAGGGGCACCGACGGAGGAGGUUCAGGCCGGGCUGCGCACCCUGCAGGAUGAGCAUGAGGCCUGGGUGCAGGAGCGGGAGCGGCUGCAGGCUGCAUUGCGGGAGCAGCAACUUCUCCGGCAGUGCGGCCGCCUGGAGAAGAUCCUGAUAGCCCAAGAGGCAGCCCUGAAAUCCAGUGCCCUCGGGAGCUCAGUGGAAGAGGUGGAGCGGCUGAUCCACAAGCAUGGAAUCUUCCAGAAGGUGCUCGCCGCCCAAGAUGAGAAGGUGGCGGCUCUGCGGGAGCAGCUGGAGGCGCUGCGGGGCCCGCGGGGGCAGCGCGCGCUUCACGCAGUGCUGGAGCGCGGGGCCCUGGUGCGGGAGCGGGCGGCGCGGCGCGGGGCGGCCCUGCACGCAGCGCGGCUACUGGCCGCCUUCACCAGCGCUGCCAGCCAGGCCGAGGAGUGGAUCACGGAGCGAGUGCAGCGGCUGGGCGAAUGGCGUCCCCCAGAGCACCUCAGAGAUCAUGGCACGCACUGGCGGCGACACCAGGCCUUCAAGGCUGAGGUGGAGGCGCACACGCAAGUCCUCACCUCUGUGGUCCAGCAGGGUGAGGCCCUCCUGGCGCUGCGCGAGCCUCCAGACGACCCAAGCCGGCAGCUGCAGGCCCUGCGGCAGCUCUGGGAGAAGCUGGGGCAGGCAGUGGCCCACAGGGACCAGGAGCUGGAAGACAAGUGGAAGUUUCUAGAGUUCCUGCACCAAGUAGAGCUUGCAGAGGCCUGGAUCCAGGAGAAGGAGGUGAUGGUGAACGUCCGAGACCUGGGCCGGGACCCCGAGCACUGCCUGCAGCUCUGCAGGCGGCUCCAUCAACUCCAGGAGGCCGUGGCGGCCAGGCGCACAGCGGGCCACGCGUACACAAGGCGCAUCGAGGACUUGUCACUGCAGCUCCGGAACUGGGACCCCGAGGAAGUGAGGAUCGUGUGCCAGAGGCAGCAGCAGCUCAGCGACAGGUGGACCAGUUUCCAUGGUAACCUGCGUCAGUACCAGCAGCAGCUGGAAGGCGCCCUGGAGAUGCACGCCCUGUCCCGGGAACUGGACGGGGUCAUGGAGAGGAUUGGGGAAAAAGCAGCCGCCACCCAGGCCCCGGUGGGCGAGGCGGAUGCGGAGCGCGCGCAGAGGCUGCUGGGGACGCAGGAGACGCUGGAGCAGGAGGUGGAGCUCAUGCAGGCGCAGGUGGAGUCCCUGCAGGACAGAGUGGGGCGCCUCUGCCGGAGGAGCUGCGUGGCAGCCCAGAGCCUCAGCCGCAAGCAGCAGGAGCUGAUGGGCGGCUGGCGGCGGCUCCGCAGCGAGGUCCGGAAGCGGAGGGAGUCCCUGGAGGCCCAGCACCAAGCUCAGAAGUUCCAGGCGUCUGUGCAGGCGCUGCAGGUGUGGUUCCGGGAGCUGCGGGCCGACAUGAGUGCUCAGGGCGCCCCCUGCAGCCCCGAGGGAGCAUUGCGCAUGCUGGAGGAGCACCGGGAAUGCAAGGUGGAGCUGGAGGUUCACAUGGACUGCGCCAACGUGGUCCGAAGCACCGGGCAGCGACUGCUGGCCACCGGACACCCCCUGGCCGCUGGCAUUCGCCAGGCCCUGGCUGCCUUAGAGCAGGAGCUGAGCAGCCUGCGGGGAGCCUGGCAGGAGCGCGAGCUGCAGCUGCAGCAGGCCCUGGCGCUGCAGCUGUUCCUGCGUUCUGUGGAGAAGGUGGAGCGCUGGCUGCGCAGCGAGGAAACCGCCGCCGAGGGGCUCGGGGACCCCUUGGCCAACUUGGAGAGCCUUGUGUGGAGGCACAGGAGGCUGGAGGAGGGCCUGCGAGCCCAGGAGGAAAAGAUGGCUGCUCUGGAGGCCACUGCCCGCGGCCUGCACCAGGAUGGACACCCGGAGGCCCACAGCACCUUGGCCAGAUGCCAGGCAGUGCUUCUGAGGAAAGAAGCACUCGUGGAGCGAGCGAGGACUCGGGGCCUCUGGUUGGAGGAACUGAAGCGGCUGCAGACCUUCCUGCAGGACUGCGACGAGGUGGCCGCGUGGCUGAGGGAGAAGCUGGUAGCACUGGAGGAGCGGGGGCAGGACCCCGCCACGCUGCCGGUGCAGCUGGGGAAGCAGCAGAAUCUGCAGGCCGAGCUGGACGCCAGCGCCCACCUGCAACAGGAGCUGCAGACGGAGGGGCGGAGGCUGCUGCAGGGCGGCUGCGAGGCCCCCGAGGCGGUCAGAGAGCGGCUACAGGAGCUCGGGGAGCUGUGGGGUGAGCUGCAAGCCAGCUGCCAGAGGAAGGAGGCCCAGCUACAGGAGGCACGCGAGGCCCUGCACCUGCAGCGGAGCGUGGAGGAACUAGAGCGCUGGCUGGAGCCUGUGGAAGCGGAGCUGAGGGCCCCAGUCAGGGGCCGGGACCUGCCCGAAGUGGAGGAGCUCCUGCGGGCCCAGGCUGAGCUGGAAGCGGCCUUAGCCAGGCGGGCGGGGCAGGCCCAGGCCCUGGUGCGGGAAGACCACCGCCUGGAUGGAGCCACCGAGGAGCAGGCCCGGCAGCUGCUGCAGAGGUUCCAGAACCUCCAAGAGGCUCUGCAGGAGCGCAGGACCCAGCUGGAGGCCCAGGACCUCCUCCUGCAGUUCCUCAGGGAUGCCGACGAGGAGCUGGCCUGGGUGCGGGAGAAGCUGCCCCUGGCCACCACCCAAGACACUGGCCAGAGCCUGAGCACCGUCCAGCACCUGCAGGAGAAGCACCAGAACCUGGAGUGUGAAAUGAGCAGCCACGAGGCGCUGAGCCAGGUCGUGGUGGGCACGGGGCGCAAGCUCCUGCAGGCCGGGCACUUCGCCGCCAUGGAGGUGGCUGCGCGUGUGCAGCAGCUGGAGGAGGCCACGGCGCAGCUGCGGGCGGCAACCUCGCGGCGGAGGCUGAUGCUGCAGCAGGCCCGCGAGGCCCAGCAGUUCCUGACAGAGCUCCUGGAGGCGGGGUCGUGGCUGGCGGAGCGGAGCCGUGCUCUGGACAGUGAGGACAUGGGCCGGCAUGCCGAAGCCACACAGGCCCUUCUGCGGCGGCUGGAGGCCAUCAAGAGAGACCUGGAGGGGUUCAGCCAGCACAUCGAGCAGCUGCGGCAGACAGCUGCCCUCCUGGAGAGCAGACAGAAUCCAGACAGCCCCCGGGUGCAGGCCCAGCUCCAGGCGGUGACAGGGGCCCACGAGCGGCUGCUCUGGAGAGCGGAGGGCCGGAGCCGGGGCCUGCAGGAGCAGCUGCAGCGACACCAGCUGCAGCGGGAGACGCUGCUGCUCGAUGCCUGGCUCACCACCACGCUGGCUGCCGUGGAGUCCCAGGACUGCGGGCAAGACCUGGACGGCGUCCAGGUGCUGCAAGAGAAGUUUGAAGCUUUCAGAAGCGAGGUCCAGAGCCUGGGGCAGGCCAAGCUGCAGGCCCUGUGGGAGCUGGCGGCCCCCCUGGAACAAGGAAUAUCAAGGUGCGACCCCCAGAUUCAAGCCCAGAAGAGCACUAUCCAGGCCGCUUGGGAGAGGCUGGAGCAGGCAAUGGAAGCCCGCACCCAGAGCCUGGCUGCAGCGCGUGAAGUGCGUGGCUUCGAGCAGGCCGCACGCGAGCUGCAGGGCUGGAUGCAGGAGAAGCGCGCCCAGCUGGAGCCCGCCUGCGGCCGAGGCCUGCAGCCCGCCCCGCAGCGGCAGCGGCGCCUGCAGAGGGAACUGGAGGCUAUCGGAAAGGAGGUGGCGCGGAUCCAGAUGGACGCUCGCCGCCUGGGCCAGAAGCACCCCGCCGCCCAGGACGGCCUGACCACGCAGCUGGCCACGCUGCAGGGCGCCUGGGCCUCCCUGCAGGCCGAGGCCCGGGAGCGGGGCCGGCGGCUGGAGCAGGCAGCCCAGGGCCAGGCCUUCCUCACUCGCUGCCAGGAGCUGCUAGCAUGGACUGAGGAGAGGCAGGCCCUGGUGUCGUCCGCGGAGCUGGCUGGAGACAUGGCGGGAGCCGAGCAGCUGCUGGGGCAGCCGGAGGAGCUGGAGCGCGGACUCCGGGAGCACUGCGUCCAAGCCCAGAACAUUCGGCAGGAAGGGCAGCAGCUGAUGGACAGCGGCCACUUCCUGUCCUCAGAGGUGGCAGAGCACCUGCAGGAGCUGGACACGCGGCUGCAGGGGCUGCGCGCGGCCUGGGCCCGGUGCCUGGGGCGCUGGGAAGACAGCCGCGGGCUGCAGAAGCGGCGGCGGGGGCUGGAGCGGGCCGAGGCCUGGCUGGCCGCCAGGGAGGGCCCGCUGCUGCUGGAGCCCAGCUGCGGGAACUCAGUGUCUGAUGUGGAGCAGCUGCUCCACAGACACAGGGACCUGGAGAAGCUGCUGGCAGCCCAGGAGGAGAAGUUUGCCCAGCUGUGGACGCCAUUAGAGGUGGCUUCCACAGAGCCCUUUGACCUCCAGGUCCAGAGUGAGAGCAUGGGCUGAGCACACGCCGUCCCCCGGGGAGGAGACGUCGGC